AUGCAAAGCGAUACUGAUAAAUGUCAGUGCAAUGGUGGUCGGCCCUGUUCAAAUUGCGUGGCCCGCGGCUUGGAGUGCGCCUCAUCGGGGCCGUCCGCAGGCUUUCGGUUCGUCCCGCAGCAGCAGCAGCAAGCAUCUUCACUCCCUCGAGUGCUGGUUCAAGACUCUUGGAAAUACAUCAGCACAUACUUCCAGUCAGUCGGAUACUUGACCCAAGCGUCCGUGAUGCGAAGCGCCGGCGUGACGGCACUCUCACAUCGAGAUGAAAACGUUAGUCGCACGUUGUCAAUCAUGGGCGGCCUUUACGCCUGUCAAAAUCCCCAAGUACUUCGAGUAAGCCAGAAAGAGAAGAGGGCACUCUUGGGUACAUGGGUCAAGCAAAAGGCUCUGAUGGCGAUGGAGUUGAAGAAGCCCAACUCGUCACCCUUCAGCUCAGUCCUACUCAGCACCCUUCUACUAGCAGUCAUCGAGCUGGUAUUAUGUGCUGAAGAUGGAGCCUUCAAGAAAUGGCUUCAGAGAAUCUCGAGCUAUGUUGCACAACAUACAAGAGUAAAUGGCUACGCUGGCUUCACCACAUUUGAGAGAAGCUUAAUCCAAUUUUUCAACUUCCUCAACAUUCUCUCGGCUAUUGCCGCCAACGAAGCGCCUUUAGAGCGCCGAACGGAGCCUGAAGUCUCCAUAGGACGUCCUCUGGCACCUAAAAUUAUAUCAGAUGACGCAAAGAUUGAUGAUAUGAUAUCUUUUUUGAACCAGUGGGCCAGGCUACAGUCAAGAAUGGUUGAAUGGACCCUCAAGUCAGAGAGCAGAGCCAAUGCGUGGCCUUCCGAAGGCGAUAACCGUCGAGAAGCUAUCAAUCUCAAAGUACAAGGCCUCGAUAUCAUUUGCGAAGCAUCGACUCUGCAAGCUCGAGUCAUUAGCAACCUCCUGCAGCUCUCCCAAGACCCCGACAGCCAGGUUUCUGUUUGUAUUACCCCUUACUACCACUGGGCUCUCACCGGGCUGUCUUACCGACUGAAUCACGAAUCUUGGAAAUCACUCUUGUGCGAGCUGCCGGUUUUGCCGGCGGAAGCACUCCAUCAGCAAGCACUGGUUGCGCUUGGCUGCGUUGAGACGCUUACGAGCCAGUCGGGUUUCGAUGUCGCGCUGUAUCUACCCCUUGCCGAGUUCAUAGGAAGGGAGAUGGGAACUUCGACAGAGCAGACUCGUAUGCUUGCGUUCCUCGACAUCGUCAAAGGUCGGGGCUUUGGACUGGCCGAUGAGUACAGGAAAGACUUGUUGGAGGUCUGGAGAGCUGCCUCGCGGCCCUCGCCGGACGAAGUUUCUCGAGCUCUUCUGAAGUUCUGA